GCAUGCUAACCUGAUCUACAGACACACACCACACACACACACACACACCACACACACACUCCACAAACACUGUCCGCAAGGCUGACGAGAUGGGGGAUAAAAGUGGGACCAGAGUUUUUAAGAAGUCCAGCCCCAACUGUAAGGUUACAGUUUAUUUAGGGAAGCGAGACUUUGUAGAUCACUCAGACCAUGUAGAUCCAGUAGUGGGAGUGAUCCUUGUAGAUCCAGAGUAUCUGAAAGAUCGAAAAGUGUUUGUGACUCUGACCUGUGCGUUCCGCUAUGGUCGGGAGGACCUGGACGUCCUGGGCCUUUCCUUCCGGAAGGAUCUUUAUGUCAGCAGCUUCCAGGCCUUCCCUCCACUGCAGGAGAACAAGAAGCCUCUUAGCCACCUGCAGGAGAGGCUGCUGAAGAAGCUGGGUCAGCAUGCCUACCCCUUCAACUUCACUAUCCCCCAGAACCUUCCGUGCUCAGUGACCCUCCAGCCAGGCCCAGAGGACACUGGGAAAGCGUGUGGUGUGGACUAUGAGCUUCAAGCCUUCUGUGCCAAGACUGCGGAUGAGAAAAUCCACAAAAGGAACUCUGUGCAUUUGGUGAUCCGGAAGGUUCAGUAUGCUCCGGAGAAGCCUGGUCCACAACCGAUGGUGGAGACCAGCCGCAGCUUUCUGAUGUCCGAUAGAUCUCUGCACCUGGAAGUGUCUCUGGAUAAAGCGCUGUACUACCAUGGUGAGCCCAUCAGUGUUAAUGUCCACGUCACCAACAACUCCACUAAGACUGUAAAGAGGGUGAAGAUAUCUGUUCGUCAGUAUGCUGAUAUCUGUCUGUUCUCCACGGCCCAGUAUAAGUGUGCAGUAGCCCAGGUUGAAGCAGAUGACCAGGUGUCUCCCAGCUCCACCUUCUGCCAGGUCUACACUCUAACCCCCAUGCUGGGUACCAACAGGGAAAAGAGAGGCCUGGCUCUGGAUGGAAAGCUAAAGCAUGAAGACACCAACCUGGCCUCCAGCACCAUAGUAAAAGAAGGGUGUAACAGGGAGAUGAUGGGGAUCUUGGUUUCCUACAGAGUCAAAGUCAAACUGGUGGUGUCUCUUGGAGGGGAUGUAUCAGUGGAGCUUCCAUUCGUCCUGAUGCAUCCCAAACCUGCAGAGCAACCCAGACCCAAACCACAGCCAGUUGCUCUACAGGCUGAUGCUCCUGUGGAUACAAACCUCAUAGACUUUGAAGUGAAUUCCCCUCAGGGUGAUGACUUUGUGUUUGAAGACUUUGCUCGGCUACGGUUGACGGGAAUGAAGGAUGAGGAUGACCCGCUCGGUUAGGUGCAACUCCUCAGUUACCAGGGUUAUGUGGCUGAAUGGGAGGUUACAGGAGGCCUCAAGAAACCUGCUUUAAUUGUACCUUUUUACUCUGUAUGGGCUAUUAGAUGUCUCUUUUUAAAGGAGCAGCCAACAAUUUAGGAAAUGUGUUGUUUGCUGUUUUAGCCAGAGACAUACAAUAAGUGUGUUACUAUAUUAACAGAAGAGAUGGUUAAUGCAUCAAGUGUCAUGUGUCAAAGUGUCAAACAACAGCGCUCACCUAACAGGAGCUACAGUAACAUGUUUUCUGUUGAAAUGUUGCUGCUUGACCGCUGAUAUCAGCAUUAUUAUUCAUGCUGCUGUGAUUCAGGACUUACAAUUCUAGCAGGGACAUCUUUUAAAGGAAACAUUCAAGAUAUUUUUAUAUAGAUUUUUUAUUGAUAAUAGGUCAGUUGUUGUCUUCAGGUAUCAGUAAAACUGUUCAGAGAUAUGCCUUUUACUGCUUCCUAUUCAUUUGUCUGUAACCUUUUUUUUUUUUUUUAAUGGAAAACAAAUACACUUCAUAUGAGGAGCAGAACAAGUUAGAAGCUGGUGUUCAAAAAAGGAAUAGGAAUCAUUUUAUUUUUGUAUUUUGUCAUUUCUGUUUUUAUUAGUUGUAUAUCACAUAUUAAGAAGAUGAUUUAUUGCCCUCUCUGGUUGUAGUACAUUAUAAACCUAUUACCACUGUAACCACACACAACAGAGAUGUCAUGGAGUACACCUGUAUCACCACAGCUAGGUCAGGAGGUCAAGAUUUUGAGGAGGUGUUAUCUUAUGUACCUUAUAUAAGUACAGUCCAUUUACCUUACGUUUUAAAAUGUGUUUCAUGCAAAAUGCAGUUAAUCCAGGAUCCAAACACAGUCCCAGUGAAGUGUCUUGAUACUAUCCUGUGUCCCAGUGGCCUGCAGUAUUAAUAUGAUGACAUGCAGUACGUCUUUACUUGAAAAUGAUGUUAGAUUACCAUGAAAUUAAGUUCAGACAUUUAGCCUUAGCACAGCCGCACAGAGCUGCUAGCACGCCUGUAGCAUUGCAGUCACAGUUGACACCUCUUGGUAGGUUACAGCGUUGUAAUGUUAGAAUAUUAAUGUCAUAUGCUUUAAUGUAAUCUGUCAUAUGGAACUGAGACACAGCGUAGGAGAAGACUUGGCCAACAUGUGUACACACAA